AUCUCUAUAUUUUUUGGCGUGAUUCUGAAAACUUUAAAUUCCCAAUAAAAAUUUGGCGCGAGAUUUUGGAGCCAAAUUGGAGCCCCACUCUUUUAAAAGUCGGUUUAUGUUUCGCGGUUUCCCCCACGAACAUCGACUCAGAUCUGGAUGACAUGGUACUUCAGAGCUGUGUUCCGAGUUCUGUUCAAGUACGGAACCAAGACGUUGGCUUGUCCGUACUUAGAAGCUAUAAGCUCCAAAAGAUUUCGCUUCAUAAGAUUUGUGGUGCUGAUGAUUCUAUUAUGUCGUGUAAGCUCUGUGGUCAAUCUGAAAGCGUAUCGAAUCUCUUACUCUGUGAUCGUUGUGAGGAAGCAUUUCAUGUUUCUUGCUGCAAUCCCAGAGUGGUUUUGCCAAUUGACGAGUGGUUUUGUCAUUCCUGUUCAAAAAUGUCAGUGAGUGAUUCGAUAUCCCGUACUAUUAGCCAGGGGGUCGGUCGGCCGCCUCAAUUUGAGUUCGGUCCGGUAUUGGGUCCAAUUGCAGCUAUGAUUAAGUACCCGGAGCUAUUUACAUCUAAGGUUCGAAUUGGUGAAGCUUAUCAAGCCCAAGUUCCUGACUGGGCUCCGUCGAAUGAAGUCAUAACUGAUAACUGUGAUUGUGCUCACCCUGCCGAUUCUCAGUUGAAACCACAUACCGCUUCUAGAAAGAGAAAACAAGAGUUUUCAUCAUAAACUGGUGGAGAAGUCUGCAUAAACGUCAAUGAGUUGCCAUAUUCAUAUACCGAUCCGAUAACAAUAAAGGGAUGGGCAUGCUUUUGUUGUAAUCUACUGAUGUCUUCAUAACGGCACAUAAAUCUUGGGAUUGCAAGUGAAUACUUCUCCAUCUACCGGUACUUCCGAUCCAACUCGCUUAUCUUGUUGUCUGAGCCAUAAACUAGCAUGAUACCCCUAAAACAGUUGCCUACUUUCCCUACCCUUAUUUACCACUUCGCCUUCAAAUUACUUAUCCUGUUUUGAGCUUAACAUUAUAGCAUAAUGCCGGCCUUUGGUGCAGUUGCCUAGUUUGCCGAUCCUUUUGGCUACUUAGCCCUGAAGUCUUACUAUUAAUAGAGACGGUGGCUUUUAGUAAUUCAAAUUCACGGAGCUAGCUCACUCCAUCGCCAUCAUCUGCUUCUUUUCUUGCUCACAUUUCAACCUUUUUCUCAUUAUGCGGUGGUUGUAGUGAGUGAUCAUACCCUCUUGGCAAUUGCAAACCGAGUGACUGAUUCGACCCCACUGUCAACCAGAGCUAGUGGUGUCCGCAACAACAUGCUCACUACAAAGACCCUUUAAUUGACAACUGUGGGUCAACAAGUCAUCCUUUUGUAGCAUCAACCCCCACACCACACCACACAUUCACACACAGUGGUCUUACGGUGAUCGAGAUUGAGAACUGUGAGUAUGCAA